GUGACAUUUCGUCAGAACAUUUGAACGCACUCAGACCGUUCGUUUCGGCGACAUAUGCAUAUUAGUGUGACAUUUCGACGAGUGAACACAAAAAAUUAUUUUGCUCUGGAAAAAAAAUUUAAGUUUUAUUUUGACCGACUUACACUGCUUUGAUCGAAGUAAAAAAAAUUUUUGUGAAAAGAAAAUAAUAGAAAUGGCAAGUAAUUCGGGUAGAUCAACAGGUCGGAUCAAAUUAUCCGAGUUGACUGAUGCAGAAUUGAUCGAAUUUAUGGAUUCCGUCGAAACAGACGAAGAAGCUGAUUUCGAUAGCGAUGACGAUUUCGACGAUCCGAUUUACGUUCCUGAUGAAAUUACACCUGAAGACGAUCAAUACGUUUCAGAAAUGAUGCAAGGUUUGGAAGACAGCGAUAUUUAUAUCACCCAGGCUAUAAAUAUGUCACUAAACAUAAGCGCAUUAGAUGCACCUACGGCAUCAUCAACGAUCAAUCCAAUUGAAGUGGAAGAUGUAUUUGUACCAGUGGUCACAACCGAACAAAACGCGGUAAUUGAAGGAGACGCAGUAUUCGUACCAGUUGUUGAAGCCGAAGAAACCGUGGCAACCACAGAACCAAUUCCAUCUACUUCCAGUGCAUCGAAGAAAUCAAUAAAGCCAGCGAAAAGACCACGCUCACCUUUACCAUCACAUGAAGCUACUGCAAAUUUUUUUUCGCUUAAACCGACAAGGCUGCCUCAAGGCACCCUUCACCUUUUGAUCAAAAGGAUUCAAACAAACGGCUCGCUUCAACAUCUGUCCAAUCAGAUGCGAAACGGAAGAGAGAUAAUGGUGUCGAUUUGGUCGAUACCCCAACACCCGCUACACCUGAUGCGAAUCAUUCCCAAAAUCAACUGGAAAAUCGAGUACUUGAAUUGGAACAAAUUGUGCGUCACCGCGAUACACAAAUUGCUAAUUUAUGGGAUUUGAAUAAUGACUUAUCAGGUCAAGUCAAUGAUCUUUGGGAUCGAAUUCGCCGUUGCAC